ACUGAGAGAACUCGUCACUGUUGAACCUCUUCUUGUUUUGCAACCUGCCGUGGACGGAGGCCCUCUCGGGCAGCUGGUAUAAAAGAGGAGCAGCACUGUGGGAUGGCAAGCCAGCAGCUACCAAAGUGCGCUGCACUAUCCAAAGGGCCGCCGAGAAUUUCAUUUUCCAGCAGCGUAACCAUGAAGUUUUUCGCAACAGUCACUCUCCUUGCACUCGUGGCAAGUGCUGCGUUUGCCGAAGAGGAUGCCAAGAAAGUUGAGAAGAAGGAAGAUAAGAAGGACGUCGAAGGACGUGGCGGAUUUUUGGGAGGCGGACCCGGCUUUGGUGUCGGCGUGGUUCCUGGUGUCGUAGGCAGCCCCGGUGUCGUUGGUCCUGGAGUUGUCGCCAACCCCGCACUGGUAGGAGCCGGUGUCGGCCACGGCGUCGGCCACGGCGUCGGCCACGGCGUCGGCUUGGGAGCAGUUGGUGUCGGCCACGGUGUCGGCCCCGGUGUCGGCUUGGGCGGAGUUGGCGUUGGCCACGGAGGCGGCUUCCAGACAGGUUUUGGUACAAGCACUGGAGCACAGCAGGCGGGCUUCCAGAGAGGCGCUGCUGGACACCAGCAAGGAUCCGGAGCCUUCACAGGGGGUUCAGCUCACAGGACUGUUAACGCCUUCAGCAACAACAAGGGCUACGACCACAAGACCGGCUUCUCAGCUUCCGAUAGCAAGACCUUUGGAGCAGGCCAACAGCAGGGAUCUGCGGGUUUCCAGGGAGGUGCCGCUGGACAUCAGGCUGGAUUCGGGCAGUCGUCUCACGGCCAUACUACCGGUGUCGGCCACGCGGGUGUCGGCGUUGUCGGCUGAGAGCUCCGCAGUUCAAGCUUCGUCUCCUUUUGUCAUCACACCCCAGUGCUUGGCAGUUCUGUCAUUGCAAGAAGAAAGAUUUCAAUAAAAUGCACAACCUUUUCUGAAUAUCA